CUGGGUGCAGACUUGCUAUAUUAACUUAACUCACAGUAGUUAUAUAAUACAAAAUAAAAUAAUAAAAGCGAAAGGGCAGAUUUUCUUGAUCUUCAAAUGCAUUUAUAAUAGCAUGAAGCAACUUUGUGACUUUAUGUGAACGCAUCAGCUGUUAGAUCAGGCUGCAGUCAUAUGACACUGAGUGUCUCACUUCCUCAAACUUUCUCAGUUCAUCCCACCGUGUGUGCUGCAGUUCGCCACUCAAAGCCCCCGACUGCUUGACACCGUUAUUCCAGGCUUCCAGACUGCGGGUUUGGGCUGGUUUUGGCCUCAUGGCGAGCUCGCGGGUCGGUCAGUGGAGGUCCAGCGCGUGGGUCGUGUCCACCUGUCUACUGCUCGCGCUUCUCACCUGCACGCUCAGGUGUUCCGAAUGCGUCACACUGAGCAACAUCAUCCUCAUUCUCACCGACGACCAGGAUGUGGAGAUGGGGGGAAUGACACCCAUGAAGAAGACCAAAGAACUGAUCGGUGAUGCUGGUGUAACUUUCUCCAAUGCUUUCACUGCCACCCCUCUGUGCUGUCCCAGUCGCAGCAGCAUCAUCACUGGGAAAUAUCCACACAAUCAUUUGGUCCGAAAUAACUCAAUUUCUGGCAACUGCAGCAGCACGGCGUGGCAGAAGGAGGCCGAGCCCUUUGCCUUUCCGGUUUACCUCAAUAAGAUGAGCUACCAGACCUUCUAUGGCGGGAAAUACCUGAAUCAGUAUGGAAGUAAAGACGCAGGCGGUGUGGAUCAUGUGCCUCCUGGCUGGGACCAAUGGCACGCACUGGUGGGAAACUCUAAAUAUUACAAUUACACACUGUCUGUGAAUGGAAAAGAGGAAAAACAUGGAGACAACUAUGAGAAGGACUAUCUCACAGACCUGGUUUUCAACCGGUCGCUGCAUUUCCUGGAGGAGCGGAGCCCCAAUCACCCGUUUUUCAUGAUGUUGUGUCCGCCGUCUCCUCACUCGCCGUGGACGGCCGCCCCUCAGUAUCAGCAGUCCUUCAGCGACGUCAAAGCGCCACGCAACGGCAGCUUCAACAUGCCUGGAAAGGAUAAACAUUGGUUACUACGGCAACCUGCAAAUCCAAUGCCAAACAGCUCCAUUGAGUACCUUGAUAACGCUUACCGCAGGAGGUGGCAGACGCUUCUGUCAGUGGACGACAUGGUGGAGCAGCUGAUUAAGAAACUGGAUUCAAUAAAGGAGUUGAACAACACAUACAUCUUCUACACAUCUGAUCACGGCUAUCACACCGGCCAGUUCUCAUUGCCCAUUGACAAGAGACAGCUUUAUGAGUUUGAUAUUCGCAUCCCUCUCUUGGUUCGGGGUCCAGGAAUCAAACCUAAACAAACACUUCAGUCUCCAGUGCUGAAUAUAGAUCUUUCGAUGACUAUCCUGGACAUCGCAGGAGUAAAUCUCUCCACCGUCAACAUGGACGGACAGUCUUUCCUGCCACAGAUGGUGAGUGUGUCAUGA